AUGUCUUCAGCCAAGCCAGCAAGCGACGUCCAGAACGAGGACAACGCCACCCCGACCUACAAGGACCAGCUAGACGGGGCCGCCCACAAGGUCAAGUUCCCCGACCAGGGAAACAGCAGUGAAGGCGGGGGCGUGGUGGACCAGGUUGUCGAGAAAGUUUCGCAAUACGUUCCAGCAGCCGCCAAGGUUCUGGGCAAACAAGAGGGUGAAUCUGCCACGUCGGAGGCUGAGGCCAAAGUCCCCGGCCCACCAGAGCGGCCUGUUCAUGAUGUGCAGAUCGAGGAAUUUGUGAGAGAUCAGCACCGCAGCCAGAACGGAGAUGGGAUGUACGUGGACUAG